GGUCAGUCUGAGAAAUCUACAACCGGAUCAGAUAGAAAAACAGACCCAGAGCUGCAGGCUUAUCUAAAUAGUGAUUAAUUCUCGGUUAUAAAUCCCAGUACCUGCUGAUUUGGAUCAGAUCAUCUGAGGUCCCGUCCAGCCUCAGGCGGGCAUGAACAGAUCCGGUGUCCACGGCUGCAGCUUUUCAAACAGAGAGGCGGUUCUGCCUCGAAACCCAGAAGAAGACUCACCUCUGUGUCCCUGGCUCCGCCUGGAUCCCUGCAGAGAUGUAGCGCUGUGUUGGUGUGACUGUUGGACCAUCAUGCACCUCCUUCUGCUGCUGACCCUUCAGCUUCCAGCAGCCAUCGGUCAGAUCGAUCCAGAACAUUGUCGCUAUGCACUGGGCAUGGAGGAUGGACGAAUCAGAGAUGAGGACCUGACAGCAUCCAGCCAAUGGUACAAGACCACCGGGCCGCAGUACGCCAGGCUGAACUGUGAGGGAGGAGACGGUGCCUGGUGUCCUAAAGAACAGAGGGAGUCUACGGCCUCCGAGUUCCUGCAGAUCGACCUGCGCAGACUCACCUUCCUGACGCUGGUCGGCACACAGGGCCGGUGGGGCAAAGGUCAGGGGAGGGAGUUCUCUCAAGAGUACCGUCUGAACUACAGCCGGGACGGACAGCUGUGGAAGUCCUGGAAGAACCGGCUCGGAAAUGAGGUCCUGGAAGGAAACAAGGACACCUACGGCGUUUCUUCCAACGACCUGAAGCCGGCCAUCAUCGCGCGUUUCGUCCGCGUCAUCCCUGUCAGCCGGGCCACCACGGUGUGCAUGAGGGUGGAGCUUUACGGAUGUCCCUGGGAAGAUGGCCUGAUCUCCUACAGCGCUCCAGAGGGACAGCUCAUGGCGUUACCUGGGUAUCCCCACAUCAGUCUCAAUGACUCCACGUAUGACGGCGUCCGUGAGAAGCGGAGGCUGCUCGGAGGCCUGGGUCAGCUGACGGACGGCGUGACGGGACUGGACAACUUCCUGAGGACCCACCAGAACAACGUGUGGUUAGGGUACGACUACCUGGGCUGGAGGAACGACACGCCGGGGACUCAGGGAUACGUGGAGAUGGAGUUUGUCUUUGACAAACGGAGGAACUUUACCUACAUGAAGGUCCACAGUAACAACAUGUUCACCCGCGGCGUGAAGAUCUUCUCCUCCGUGUCCUGUUGGUUUAAGCCCCACCUCACCGCCAGCUGGGAGCCAGAGCCGGUUUCUUUCGCCACCAUUUUGGACGACAGGAACCCGAGCGCCCGUUAUGUUACGGUGCCGCUGAACUGCCGCACCGCCAGGUCCAUCCGCUGCCGUUUCUACUAUGCAGACGUUUGGAUGAUGUUCAGCGAGAUCUCCUUUCAGUCAGAAGACAUCAUACUUCCAACACAACCACCCAUGAUGAGGACCUCUGCUCCAGGAGAUGAGGAAAGCACCAUGACACCUUCACCAAAGCCCAGCAAUAAUACGGCAGCCGCUCCAUCAAACAGCAGCACUUCAGAUGAAGGGAACACGCCCAUCCUCAUCGGCUGCCUGGUGACCAUCAUCCUCCUGUUGGUCAUCAUCAUCUUCCUCAUCCUGUGGUGCCAGUGUGUUUGCAAGGUGCUGGAAAAGGCUCCUCGUCAGAUUCCAGACGAGGAGAUGACGGUUCGGCUGUCGUCCUGCAGCGACACCAUAAUCCUGCAGACCCCCCCGGUGCCUCCACGGUCCAGGCAUCCUCCUGCAGGUCCAACCAACACUGAUCCGCACUAUGAGAGGGUCUUCCUGCUGGACCCGCAGUACCAGAACCCGGCGGUUCUGAGGAACAAGCUGCCGGAGCUGUCGCAGAGCGCCGAGGCCUCAGCGCUCUUCCUCGGUAACCCUCUCUAUGACCUCUUCCUGCUGACUUCCUGUCACGAGACGCCAGGAUGGCUUCGCGCUUGUGGGGGGGGCUACGCCGAGCCCGACAUCACCCAGUGCACCCCCCACCAGUCCUUCAACAGCAACGCGCCGCACUACGCAGAGACCGACAUCGUCCGGCUGCAGGGCGUCACCGGCAGCAACAUGUACGCCGUCCCGGCGCUGACCGUGGACUCGCUGACCAGGAAGGACAUCUCCGCCGCCGAGUUCCCGCGCCAUCAGCUGAUCUUCAGGGAGAAGCUGGGGGAGGGCCAGUUUGGAGAGGUCCAUCUGUGUGAGGCGGAGGGACUCCCAGAGUUCCUGGGGGAAGGAUCGCCCCUCCCUGACAGAGACGGACGCUCGGUGCUGGUGGCGGUGAAACAGCUGAGGGCCGACGCUACGAGUCAGGCCAGGAACGACUUCCUAAAGGAGAUAAAGAUCAUGUCCCGUCUGGACGACCCAAACAUCAUCCGGCUGCUCUGCGUCUGCGUCUCCUCCGACCCGCUCUGCAUGGUGACGGAGUACAUGGAGAACGGAGACCUGAACAUGUUCCUGUCUCAGCGGGAGAUCGAGAGCACGCUGACGCACGCCAACAACAUCCCCUCCGUCAGCCUGUCGGACCUCCUCCACAUGGCGGUGCAGAUCUCCUCUGGGAUGAGGUACCUGGCGUCUCUGAACUUCGUGCACAGGGACCUGGCCACCAGGAACUGCCUGCUGGACCGCCGCCUCACCAUCAAGAUCGCCGACUUUGGGAUGAGCAGGAACCUUUACAGCAGCGACUACUACCGGAUCCAGGGCCGGGCCGUGCUGCCCAUCCGAUGGAUGGCCUGGGAGAGCAUCCUACUGGGUAAGUUCACCACUGCCAGUGACGUGUGGGCGUUUGGCGUGACGCUGUGGGAGAUCUUCACUCUGUGUAAGGAGCAGCCCUACAGCCUGCUGUCGGACGAACAGGUCAUCGAGAACUCCGGCGAGUUCUUCCGGAACCAGGGCCGACAGAUCUUCCUGUACGCCCCCCCUCUCUGCCCGCCGUCUCUCUUUGAGCUGAUGAUGCGCUGCUGGAGCCGGAACAUCUCGGACCGACCCACCUUUGAGGGACUUUACCAAGCCCUGAGGCCCCACGUUAACCAGUGAGCGCUCCGCCUUCCCCCAGCUGCUGGGACUCCUGCAGGGGGACGGACAUGGACAUGAUGGACCCGGGUUGUUCUGAGAACCGGGCCAGCUGAGGUCCGAUCCGACGGAGGAGGCGGACGGAGGAGGAACAUUCAGUCUGUGGUGAACUUCACAGCUUCAUCUUCUCCUAAAGGCCCAGAGGAACUUUAAUCAUUUCUAUUGUGCGCCAGAUGUUGCCUGAAACCCCACUUCCUUCCUGUCCUUGGUUUCCAUGGAGACCAGAAAGCAGACAGACUUCAGUAGUCGGUAGUUUUUUCCGUCUGGGGUUCUAGUUGUUGUUGUAAAGCACUGUCUGUGUCUCAGUUAUUCGUGUUCUAAGAUAAUAACCCACACUGGAGUAAAGUCAAAGUGUAGCGUA